AUGGUCUUCGUCUUUCUAUUCUUCAUCAUCCAUUUCAUAGCAAGCUUCGGCAAACCUUUAUCGCGGACGCUUCAGCUGCACGAAUCCCGACAAUCAAUUCCCAAUGGCUGGAAAACCGACGGUCCUGCUCCGUCAGAUACAGUCUUGACUCUCCGCUUCGCUCUCAUCGGGAAUGACACAGAUGGAUUGGUGGACGCCCUCCAUGCUGUUAGCAAUCCGUCUAGUGGGAGGUACGGUUCCCAUCUGACUAUGGAAGAGGUGGAAGUGUUCUCUUCGCCGAAACCCGAGAGCGUAACAGCAGUGAAUGCAUGGUUCGCCGAGAACGGACUGAACGCGACCACGAUCUCUCAUGCAGCCGACUGGGUCAAAGUCGAAGUGCCCGUCAGCAAAGCAAAUACUCUUUUGGAUGCUAACUUCACCACUUUCACGCAUACGGCCACUGGACGCCAGGCCAUCAGGACGCUCGCAUACUCUAUCCCGGUAGCUUUGGCGGAUCAUCUUGAUUUGGUUCAUCCCACCAUUACCUUUCCGCAAUAUAAGCAGGCCAGCACGCUUGCCUCGUUCUGGACCACCGGCAAUUCACGGCACGUUAUUCGAGAUACUGCCAAUCAGUCUGCGCCAUGCGGAAACGGAUCCCUUAUUGAUCCUGUUUGCCUGCAGCAUCUCUACGCUAUCCCGACCACCCCUGCCACCACCUCCUCGAAUGCACUUGCCAUUGCCGAAUACAUUAACCAGAGUGCAAAUAAUGAGGAUCUGAUGACCUUUUUGAAACUAUUUCGACCAGACAUGAACAGCAGUGGGAACUUCACUUUGCAGCAACCUGAUGGCGGUCUUUAUUCGACCGAUCCCGCAGAGGCCGGUAGUGAAGCCAGCUUGGACCUACAGUAUACUGUAGGCCUUGCGACGAACGUGCCGGUGACCUUCUUGGCAGUUGGUCCGUAUGCGAACACAACUGGCGAGUUCGUGGAAGCCUUGCUGAACACCGCAAGCUACCUUCUCGGCGAGGCUCACCCUCCUCAGGUUCUCUCCACUAGCUAUGGGAUGAAUGAGGACACUAUUUCACAGAAGUUGGCCGAAAAUUUGUGCAAUUCGUAUGCUCAGCUGGGAGCACGCGGAGUUAGUUUAAUCUUCGCUUCUGGAGAUGGAGGCGUCACCGGCAUCCAAUUCAACUCUACUAUGGUCGAAGGAACGGUGUUUGUACCAACCUUCCCUUCCGGCUGCCCAUACGUCACCUCAGUAGGUGCCACCUCCGGAAUUCCCGUCGAGGUCACCGCCGACUUCUCAUCGGGGGGCUUUUCAAACAUCUGGAGCCGACCCGAUUAUCAGUCGUCCGCCGUAUCACAGUAUCUCUCCCAGCUCGGGACCAACAACAGCGGGCUGUUCAACCAGUCCGGAAGGGCCUAUCCCGACGUCGCGGCUUACGGAGAGGAGUUCGGGGUGAUCAUCAACGGCUCGCUGCAUCACAUUUAUGGCACCAGCUGCUCGGCGCCGACGUUCGCCAGCAUCGUUGCGUUGAUCAACGAUCGGCGCCUUGCGGCAGGCAAUUCUACGCUAGGUUUCCUCAACCCGUUCUUGUAUUACAACGCAUCAACGGCGUUUCAUGAUAUUGUUUCUGGAUAUAAUCUGGGAUUCGCAAACCAUUCCGCGUUUUAUGCCACGAGCGGGUGGGACCCAAUCACUGGCCUCGGUACCCCGAACUUCACAAGGCUUGAGGCGGCUGCAGCGCAGAUGCCGAAAACCAUCGUAACGUCGUCGGCGCGGGUUAGCAUGCAGAUCGGUCUGGCCGCAGUCCUCGCCACGGUGGCACUCACUGUAGUGGGGCAGAGUAUUUUUUGA